AUGAAGCUCCCCGUCUGGCUCUCCAUUGUCCCCAACAUCGCCUGGGCUAUUCCCAGCUCCUCACAUGGCGCUUCAUCCCCCACUGUUGACCUCGGGUACUCUAAGUACCAAGGCACUCGACUCGCAGGGGGAGUAGAUCAGUUUUUAGGCAUGCGCUAUGCAGCACCUCCAUUGGGAGAUCUUAGAUUCCGUGCACCCCAGGAUCCCAUCAAGAAUCGCACAUUGCAGGCUGCCACUGAGUAUGGACCAAUUUGCAUCGGUGUCGAUCAAGACAAUACCCCUAAAGAAUGGACUGAGGAUUGCCUCUUCAUCAACGUUUUCAAGCCUUCGAACGCCACGUCGCAUUCCAAGCUCCCAGUCUGGUUUUUCGUUCAGGGAGGAGGAUAUGCACAGAACUCCAAUGCCAAUUACAACGGCACCGCGGUGGUGGAGGAGUCUGGACAUGGGCUGGUGUUCGUUACGCUUAACUACCGGGUCGGAGCCCUGGGCUUCCUGGCCAGCGAAGAAGUAAGGAAGAACGGCGACCUGAACGUGGGUCUGUUGGAUCAACGCAGGGCUCUGCAUUGGAUCAAACAGCAUAUCGCUUCGUUUGGCGGAGACCCCGACCACAUUGUGAUCCACGGUGUCUCUGCAGGCGCUGGAUCGGUCGCUUUCCAUCUCACUGCAUUCGGAGGAAAAGAUGAAAAGUUAUUUGUCGGCGCUGUUGCCGAGUCCUCGUUUUGGCCCACUCAACGCACGGUCGCGGAGAUGGAGUUCCAGUACGAAAGAUUCGUUAACGCGACCGGGUGUUCCAACGCGACCGACUCCCUUCGAUGCCUGCGAGAACGCGACAUCGCUACCAUCCAGAGCGCCAAUACUGCUUCACCGUUCCCGGGUGGCAGCGAUAGUCCACUUCCAGAUUGGUACUGGUUACCAGUGACUGAUGGUACACUGGUUCCUGAGCUUCUCUACGAUGCCUUCAAGAAGGGUAAUUUCAUCAAAGUGCCGACCCUGGUCGGUGAUGACACAGACGAGGGCUCGAAUUUUGCCUACAACGCCAAUACCAGGUCUGAUGUUUCUCAAUUCUUCAAAAACAAUUACCCUCACUUGACCGACUCCCAGCUGGAAAGCAUUCUGGCUGCCUACCCGCCGAGAACUCCCUUGCCCAAGCAUGGAGCCUGGUUCCGAACCUCGUCCGAUGCUUACGGAGAUGCCACUUUUACCUGUCCCGGUAACCAUGUGACAGCGUCCGUCGCUCGACGCCUGCCGCACGCGACGUGGAACUACCGAGUCAACAUUCUCGAUCAAGCCAACCUCGCUGGCGGCAUUGGGGUGCCUCAUACCUUCGAGCUGCCCGCGAUUUUUGGCGCAGGGAGUACCGGAGCCCUUCGUAGCACGUCCUCGUAUCUCAGCUACAAUGCCGGAAUCAUUCCGGUGACCAUGCACUAUUUUAUCAGUUUUGCCAUUGCACUCAACCCGAACCCAUUGCGAUAUGCGGGUGCACCGGAGUGGAAGACCUGGGGUAGUGGGUCACGCCUGCGACUGCAAACAAACAACACGGCGAUGGAGGAGGUCCCUGCAGUGUCCGUGCAGCGCUGUCAGUUGUGGGAGAACUUGAGUGGAACCACAGAGGUUUAG